AUGUUGGGCGAUCUCUCAUACCAGCACACGUCCGAAUUAAAACGACGUCGUAUCAGUCGUGGAACUGAUGAGUCUGCACACUGCAAUAGUUCUUCUCAGCUCAUAUCUCCUUUACCUGUGCAGACCUUAACAGUCGGACGUCCUACUCGUGCAGCUAGUUCUUCUCCGCUUAAUUUCACAAAUUAUCGCGAAAAUCGGGACGAAGAAUUCAAUAUCGACCGUGGCAGACCAUUGCGAGCAUCUGUUGGUCAUGGAUGUUGUCCAGGAAAUCGACCAACCUUGAGUCACGGAUUUGCGUCCACAGGACGUGUCUCCUCUUCGUCAUACCGUACUCGUGAACCUCGAUUCCCAUCACCUUCAGACUUUCUAUCGCAUUCCUUUCUGAAACAAGCUGUCAUUUUUGACAGAAAUGUGCAGUUGAAGAAGUUCUUAGAAGGUGGACUAUGGACACGUCUACGCAACGGUUCCAAUACUCCUCCACGGACUUCUUCACCACAAUCAGAUCCAGUAGCAACAAGCAAACCUGUUCCCGACAGAAACAUGUUGCAAUUAGUUUCAUCGCUACUGCCUAUCGCCUACUAUUUUCUUUCUUUUUUUUUCUACGAGAGUUCUUCAGCAUUCUACUUCGAAAUGACGUCUCGUGCAUAUUUUAUGGGACCUGUACAUGAUCAGAGAGACGAUUGUCAACUGGUUCCAAAUCGAGAUGCAACUACUGUUGAUUUGGCGAACAUAAGUGUGGAAAUAUCAACUAUAGAAAUGGAUCCUAAAUGGGAAGAUCAUCUCGAUAAUUUGGUCUCUGUAUAUGAUAUGAACCAUCGUGAUGAAAUACAUAUUAGCAGAGCUUCAAUGCCAGAUUUCGACGAGAAGGCAAAAAUUUUCUUCGAAGAACACCUACACCGUGAUCCAGAAAUUCGUUUCGUAAAAUCUGGUACUGGAUUCUUCGAUGUUCGCAGCAAAGAUGAUGAAUGGAUACGAAUUCCUGUGAAACGUGGAGAUUUUGUGUAUCUACCUGCCGGAAUCUAUCAUCGCUUUACCACAGAUUGGGACGAAAAUAUUUUGGUUAUACGCCUAUUCCAUUCGUGUCCAAAAUGGGAAGCGUUUCCUCGCUGCAAAAACGGGGAUUCUUUGAAGGAAAGAGCAGACUACCUCAGAAGCAUAGGAGUAGCGGACGGUGCUACUUCAAAGUAG